CAGGCCAGAAAAGUGAUGCUACUCCCAUCGCGAGCAAGAAAAUCGGAAGGAAAGAAAGCCAACGAAAAAAAAUCGUCUUGGAACGAGGCCUCCAGGUGCCCUCGAGCUCGCACUCGCAUCAGGAGUGAUGCUACUUCCAGGCCACCACGCCACACCACCAGAUCCCUUCGCCGCCGCCUCGCACUCGCAUCCCAUCGCCGCCGCCCGUGCAUUCUCGAUCGGAGAGGACGCCCCCUUCGCCGCCGCUGAGAUCCGAGAAGAGUCGCCCUUCGCCGCCGCCUCCCUUGCAAGGACGCCCCGCCAUGGGUCUCUAUCGGUGCCACGACUGCCGCGGCCUCCCCACCUGCCGACGCUCUAGAUCCGGCCGUAGUUGACUCCCUGUACAUCAUCUCAAGGGGGAGGGGCGUGAGGCGGUUGCCGCCGUCGGUGGCUGCACUUGAAGGUCUCCGCCGCUUGCUCCAACCAGAUCCAGCCAGACCGUCCAGUGGUGGUCCACGUGCAUCUGGACGGACGCAACGGCUUUGCCUCCCCUGUCCCAUGUCUUCGUCCACCACACCAUCCGAUUGCGGUAAUAAAUCUAUAGCCAUGCCCUUUUCCUUGAGAUGAACUACAAAAUUUCUGUUCUGUUAUAUCUUGGUGAAUGUCUCGCCAAUUGCCAUACAAAUACAUGUGUGCUUCUCCUGUCGUGCAUUUGCUGGGUAAGCUGCUGCUACCCGGGCUCACAUGACCCCGUGGAGGAAGGAGCUGCGCAAGGAAUCACUGCCAAAAGACUCAAGACGAGUUUGGAGUGUCCUGGAUUCCAGGCCAUGUUCCGCAAGGAAGAAGCAACGAUAGCUAGCCGAGGGUUCAGAUUGACGUUCGCUUUGAUUCUCGUUGAUUCAUUAUUUUGACCGACCCAAGCAGCGCCGGCGCUCACGGAGGAGAACCUGAUGUUCCUAGAGGCCUGACGCGCGGUCGGUCACACUUACUACGACAAGUCCUCCAACGGGUGGAGCUGGUUCAGGUACCACAAGCACCCUCCAUGACAAGCAGGUUCCAGUUGUGCAAAGUCUGCCUGCUACUGCUAUCCAUACUGCACCAUAGCAAAAUAGGUUUAUCUGAUGCCUCAACGGCCCACACUUCUGCCAGUCACCCAUUUAUUUAGUGUUGGUCUGGGGAAUUUUUUGAGUUGUUGUGUGUACCUUCAUGUUUUUCCUUGUGAAAUAUCUUCAUGUUUUUUAGAUUACAUAAAUUUUUGAAAGCUGGAUUUUUGUAUGUCUUAGUUUCUACAUUUUGUGAAACUGAAAGCUUUUAUCAUUGGACAGAAAAAUAAACUUCUUCUGUUGCUAUUUUGUAUUUGACCUGACAUUGUUUGUUUUCCAAUUUCAGCUUUGGAUCAGGACUAACCUCUAGCCAGGAAAGAACCUGAAUCCCAAGUUUUAUUCCCAGUCGACGGCAGUGGCGGUGCCCACGUCCGCGUCAUCGGUGCUGAUGCGACAGAUAAAGCAGACGGUCAUCUUCUCUCCUUUCUCUUUUACCAUUAGAGAAUUUUAGCCAAGCCUGCUGAGUAACACAAAGCUAUUAUAUGCGUUCAAUGGAAUGUCUGCAAUGCCAACAAUAUUCUGAGUAAAAAUGAACAAGGGUAACAUGCAUUGGAUGGCUCAAUUGUUUGUUGAACUAGGUUCGGUUUAGCUUGCUCUCACCAAUACAAAUUUUCCCACAGCUCAUGCGUUCAAAGAUGGUGAUUUCAAGAAUCUGUCAAGUUCAACAAAUCAUGCUUCUGUUUAUAGAAACUUAAAUAACAACAUACAUGUAAUUUGUUUGCUUAAUCACUUUAUUGUUCGUUACUCUCGAUCACCACCGGAGAAGGCGAUACUCAAAUUUGUGGCUGGGUGCAUCUGCGGAAGUACUUGCUGAUCUUCCCAUGUCAGGUUGUCCUUUUCCCCUCUUAGAUGUUGUAGGGUGUGUUUGCUUCCUGUCACCAACCGGAAUGUCAUGGGUUGGACCCGCUCCUGGGCCUCGUUCCAGCGUUUAGUUCGUAACUAAGAUGGAACCCACUCGUUUCCUGCGGCCGAAUAUUCGGCAGAGAUCCGGAACCGAGUGAUACCUCCGAAUCGAAGGAAUUACAAGGAACCGCUCGUUCUCUCCCUUUCCUCUCCCGUAACCCGGCCAUAUCCCCUCCCUCUGUUGAAUUGUACCGUUGUAUGUAUUGUAUACGCAUUGUAUGAGAUGUGAUGGUUGUUGUACCUAGGCCUAGUCUUCCGCCAUGACCACGCCAUCCACUCCCUGCAUGUAGGGAGUUAGGCUACGUGCCGCUGUGUAUAUGUAACAGACUGCUCAAUGGAAUAGAUCACAGACUCAUUCCGCCAUUCUUCUUGGUAAUCAGAGCGCAGGUCUCUCCCAUCCUAUGUCGACCAGCCCUCCCUCCUCUCCCGUCGACGACGGCCUCGGCCACACCCCCUCUGCCGAUGACCUCGCUGCGGCAGCUGCCGCCUCUGAGCGCCCACGCGCCUCGCUAACCCCGGAUCUCUCCAACUCCGGCGGCCUGCCUCUCGCCACGUCCUCACCCAACCCUAUUCCCCCGAUCCCUCUUUCUGUGCCAACCACCACCCCACCUCCCGGCGGCCUUCCUCCGAGCAUCGCCGGGGUCGUCGACUUCAAGUUGGCCCUGGAUGGGACUAACUUCACUCGCUGGCGCAACUACUUCAACCUCCUCUUCGCGCGGUACCACGCGGAGACGCACAUGCAGGCCGGCGCCUCGGCGCGCCUCGCCGAUCCACAAUGGCGCGACGACGACAACACUAUCCGCCUCUGGUUCUUCUCCACGAUCGAAGGUGAUCUCCUCGACCUCGUCGCCCUGCCCGACUCCACUGCUUACACCAUUUGGCAGCGCCUUCACGAGUACUUCCUCGCCAAUGAGGCCGAGCACGCAAUGCACCUCGGCCAGGAGUUCCGGGCGUGCGUUCGCGGUGACCUCUCCAUCAGCGAGUACUGUCGCCGCCUCCAGGGCAUCGCCGCCGCCCUCACUGACGUCCGGGAGCCGGUCACCGACCGCACCCUGACCCUGCAGAUGCUCGAUGGCGUCGGCAAGAAGUUUGAACUGCCGGCCGCCAUUAUCCAGUCCACCGUGCCGCUGCCCAAGUUCGCCCAGGCACGGCCCCGCCUCGUCCUCGCCGAGCUCGCCAUCGACAAGCGCGCACGCACCGAGGGCGCGCAGGUGCUGGCCGCGCUCCACGACGACGCCAGGGGCGCCGACGGACGCGGUGACCGCGGUGGCGGCCGCGGUGGCGGCCCUCCUGGCGGCGGUCCUCCGCCUGGCGGUAACGGCGGCCGUGGCGGUCCUCCAGGCGGCAACGGCGGCGGGCAUCCCGGCGGUGGCAACCGCGGGCGUGGCGGCCGUGGCCGUGGCGGCCGUGGCCGGGGUCACGGUGAUCCUGCUGGCGGUGGCCGCGGACCGCAGCCGUGGCUGGGCUACUUCGCCCCCAUGGGCAUGCCCUUCCCGCCGCCGCGCUCUCUGUGGAUCCCGCCCAACUCUGCGGGCGUACUCGGCCCACGUCCGGGAGCGCCCCAUCAUGUCUACUCCGCGUCCACGAUGGCUCCGACUCUGCCUCCACCACCUCCGUACGCCGCUGCCUCGCCCUACUCAUGGGAUGCCACCGCCAUGUUCCACGCCGCGCCAAGCCAGGGGCACGUCUACCCACCUCAGGCUGAUUGGAUCAUGGACACUGGCGCGUCCUCCCAUGUCACCGGUGACCCAGGUACCUUGCUCGAGUCUCAUCCCCUUUUAGCGCAUAAUACUCGUCAUAUCAUCGUCGGUAAUGGGGCUCGUCUCCCUGUCGUCGCCAUCGGUAACACUCGGCUCCCUCCUCGCCCUUUCUAUCUCACUCAUAUUCUGCUCUCUCCCAAUAUUGUGCAAAACCUUAUCUCUGUACGUAAGUUUACGCGUGAUAAUCUUGUUUCCGUGGAGUUUGAUCCCGUUGGUUUUUCCGUGAAGGAUCUUCACACCAAGGAGGUUCUUCUGAGGUCCAAUAGUGGUGACGACCUCUACCACUUCUCCGGCGACCAUGGCGGCAUCACACCAGCGGCGUGUGCACUUGUGACUUCGGAUCUCUGGCAUAAACGGCUCGGGCACCCGGGCUCUUCUUCUUUAGCUCAUUUCCCGUUUGAUGUUUCAUCCAAAUGUAAUAACCCCCCCAAGUCUCCCACAUGUAUUGCUUGUCAACAGGGCAAACACACCCGCCUCCCUUUCUCCACCUCGACCACCUAUACCACUGCGCCAUUUCAGCUUUUGCAUUGUGACUUGUGGACUUCUCCCAUUGUUAGUUUUUCUGGCUACAAAUAUUACCUUGUUAUUUUGGAUGAUUAUACUCAUUACUCUUGGACCUUCCCUCUUCGUGCUAAAUCCGAUACAUGCGCCACUUUGCAGUGUUUCUUUGCGUUUCUCCUUACUCAAUUUCAUGUCCUUGUGCAAUGUUUGCAGUGUGACAAUGGCGGUGAAUUUCUCUCCACUAACCUUCGCGAGUUCUUCUCUACUAACGGCAUCGUUUUCCGUCUCACGUGCUCGCACACGUCUCCCCAAAACGGCAAGGCCGAACGGUUCAUCCGUACCACCAACGACGUCAUUCGCACGCUUCUCUUCCAAGCACGCCUACCACCGCCCUUUUGGGUCGAAGCACUCCAUACCGCCACCGCCCUGCUCAACAUUCGCCCCUCCCGUGCUGUCCACUUCUUUACACCCCACUUUCUUCUCUACGGCAUCCACCCAACAUACCACCAUCUACGGACUUUCGGCUACCCUCGGCGAGCAGAAAGGCUACCGAUGUUUCGAUCUGUCCACCCGCAAGGUCAUCACCUCUCGCCACGUGGUCUUUGA